GCAUCCUCACUGGUGAAGCGUUAUCGGAAACAGAACCGGGAAAGGAAACCGCGUCAAGCGUACAGCGCGAUGCAGCUCGAACGUCUCGAGGACGAGUUCCAGCGUAACAUCUACCUGAACGUAAACAAGCGCUUCGAGUUGGCGCAAUGUCUCGGGCUUACCGAAACCCAGAUCAAAACCUGGUUCCAGAACCGGCGCACCAAGUUUAAGAAGCAGCAAGACUCACGCAACAAGCGCGAACAGCGACAGCAGGCACAGCUGAUCGCACAAUGGUUGUUUCAGCCACAGCAAGUCGGUACGAUUCCGCUGGACGGUCAGUUUCAACCGCUGGCCCGGUUGCCCGUGCUUCCCGCACACCGGUCAUCCCUGGCGCUCGCACAAAGUACGCUCCAGUCGGCACUGAUGGCACCGUACCAUCUGUUACCACCUGCCACACCAUUGACGGUACCGUUGCAUCAGCAGCGUGCCUUGGAGAAAGGAUCUCGCAUUGUUGCACCGGUCUAUACGGUGCGCUCACCAAACGGUGCACCAGUGUAUCCCUCCCGAGUGCCAUUUGCAACGUGCAUGGUACCGUUGGGUACCGCUAACGGUAAGGAACCGGGUGAAAUAUCUGCCAAAGGUUCACCGGAAACGAUAGCGCCGGAUGAGAAGGAUAGCGUGCAGUGCUAG